CAGCUCACAGUCAGUUGACUUUGAGCUGUGCUUUAGAAUGCUUGGUAAAAUUGCAGUUUUUACAUUGCUUCUGGGCCUUUUUGGCCAGGAAGUUCAGUCCGCAAAGACGGAUGACAUGGAAUGUGGAGCCUUCGACGAGGAUCAGAUGUUGAAACAAGGCUCAUUCGCCAUUCCCACCGAGCACCAGUGGGUGGUCCGCAUAGUAUACGGCAAGGGAUUCGAGGGGAGUAUUCGCGAUAAUGGAUGUUUGGGGGUGCUGAUAUCAAAGCGCACUGUUUUGGCUCCAGCCCACUGUUUCGUUCAGUACAAUGGAGUAGCAGAGGCCUUCUCCGUUCACCUGGGAGUUCACAACAAAAGUGCCCCUAUUGGUGUGCCAGUCUGCGAAAGUGAUGGCUAUUGUACACGACCCGUCCAGGAGAUCAAGCUUGCCGAGGUGGCCAUCCAUCCGGAAUAUGAUUCUCGAACUUUAAAGAACUGUCUCGCCGUGCUCACCCUACAGAGGGAUGCCAAAAUCUAUCCAAACGUAAUGCCCAUAUGUAUGCCACCUCCGAACUUGGUCAACGAGACGCUGGUGGGUCAGACAUUUGUUGUGGCUGGUCUUCGCGUCUUUGAGGAUCUAAGGCUAAAAACCUGGGUGAACACACUGAGCCGCUCCUUCUGCCAAUCGAAGGUUAAGACUCUGGUGACCAGCAGCAAUACAGUGUGUGGCUAUCAUACAAAACCAGAGGCUUAUUACAUAGGGGCCCCGCUGGUGGGCAUGCAGAAGAAGGGGCCCACCACACAGAAUUACUAUCUGGUUGGCUUUAUGAUCGACUGGCGCUGGGAGAACAACCGCAUAAUGUCCAGCUUCCUGGCUAUCCAGAACUACCUUGACUUUAUCCAACAGAAUUCCAACUCACUGAUUGUACGCUCCUGAGCGCUGAAUAAAGUACACAAGAGAAACGCCA